GUACAACAAACUUAUUUUACGCGGCGUAACUUUCAUCACAAAAAAAAAUCUAUGAUCGUGCGAUUCCGCUGGAGAACGGAGACACAUGUUCGACCGUCGACAUCGUAUCUCCGAUGAAUCGAAAGCAUCGCCCAGGAAACCGAGGUGCGGCCGGUGCCGGUGCCGAGAACGAUGAAGCCAUCAACGAUCAACAGCAGCAACAGCAUCAACUUAUCGAACGUCACCAGCUUCUCUCUUGUUUCCCCGAACCUCUGCGAGAACCUUACCGAUUUCAUCGGCCGCGAUGUACUCGCUGAACAAUCGAUUGAGUACCUAUGGGAUACCAAGAACAUGACGUGUCUGAAACGGCAUGCACCCGAGUUAACCAGUGCAAUAUACCUCAAAGUCAUCGUGUUGGCAGUUAUAUCGGUUCUAAGCCUAGUCGGCAACUUGGCAACGAUAUACUCGAUCACGAAGAAUCGUCGGAAGCAACAUCGCUCGACGAUUUAUCUCCUGAUCUUUCAUCUGUCGGUGGCCGAUUUGCUAGUCACUAUCUUCUGCCUCGCUGGAGAAGCAAUCUGGAGCUACACCGUCGCAUGGCUGUGGGGCAAUAUCGCGUGCAAGAUCUUCAAGUUCCUACAAAUGUUCAGCCUGUAUCUAAGUACUUUCGUACUUGUGCUAAUCGGCGUCGAUCGAUUUGUCGCGGUGCGGUAUCCCAUGAAGGGCCUCAAUACACCUCAAACGUGCUCGCGAUUUGUCCUUCUCACUUGGCUGCUGUCUUUUAUACUCGCCACUCCACAGAUCGCGAUAUUUCAUGUUGUGCAAGGACCAUUUGUCGAAGAAUUUAUGCAAUGUGUGACUCACGGCUUUUACACCGAGCGUUGGCAGGAACAACUCUACGCAAGUUUCAGCCUAUUCUUCAUGUUCCUUCUGCCAUUAGCAAUUUUAAUUACUACUUACGUAUCCACUGUGCUCACUAUUUCCCGAAGUCGGAGAAAUUUUAAAAUGGAUCAAACAAAGACCUACAUAAACAUCGACUUAAAUAGGAGAAGACUGAUGAACAGGGCAAAAACGAAAUCACUGCGGAUCAGCGUCGUCAUCGUAGCGGCAUUUCUAAUUUGGUGGACACCGUAUUAUACGAUGAUGAUAAUUCUCUUGUUUAUCAAUCCGGAUGACCACCUCAGCGCGGAGCUACAGAACGGAAUAUUUUUCUUCGGUAUGAGCAACAGCUUGGUAAAUCCUUUGAUAUAUGGCGCGUUUCAUCUUUGGCCGCAGAGACAACGGCAGGACUCUUAUCAUAGUUACAGAUCUGAAGCUUCGAUGAAUCAAAGAAACAUGAAGAGACGCGACACGAAAAUGCCACUUCUCUCUUAUCAAGAUAGUAAUAAUAAAGUGAUUAAUGCCACACAGCAGCAUCAAAUAUAACUAUUUUUUUAUUAAAUUAGAUUAUACAUGUCUUACGUAAAAGCAACGAAUAUAUAUUGUAACAAGAAAUA